AGAUCUGCUUACUGCAUCCAUCUUAGCCUUCUAACCAUGACCAACCCUAUCUCUCUCCCUCUCCAUGAGAAGAUUCCUCGUAAGAACACUCUAUCCAGAGCACUGAAUCUGCUCAUCCUCUUCCUCCUCCUCUCUCUCCUCUUUUACCGGGUCCAGCACCUUGGCAGCCAUGGAACCGUUUGGCUCAUCGCCUUCCUUUGCGAGUCAUGGUUCACCUUCUUUUGGGUCUUGAACACAAACAUCAGAUGGAACCCGGUCGAUCAGAAAACAUAUCCGAAUCGGCUUUUAGAGAGGUUCCAAGACCUUCCUUCGCUAGACAUGUUUGCCACUACAGCGGACCAUUUGCUGGAACCACCGAUAUUGACUGUAAACACCGUUCUCUCAUUGUUGGCCGUCGACUACCCAUCUCACAAGCUUGCUUGCUACGUGUCCGACGAUGGGGCGUCACCGAUCACUUUCUAUUCUUUGAUUGAAGCAUGCGAGUUCGCCAAGCAGUGGGUUCCCUUCUGUAAGAAAUACGGCGUUCAAGUUCGGGCUCCUUUCAUGUAUUUCUCUACAGAACCUGAAAUGCCUUCCGGGCAUACGUCGGAUGAUUUUGUUCGUCAAUGGAAAGAGAUGAAGGUCCAAUAUGAAGAACUUGACCGGAAAAUUAAAGAGGCGGUCCAAAAAUCGUCGGUUCCUGAUCAUUUGACGGACCAUUUUGAAGAUUUCUCGAAUAUUAAUCGUCAAAACCAUCCAAGCAUUGUUAAGGUGAUAUGGGAGAACAAGGAAAAGAUUCCAAAUGGGAUUCCUCAUCUUGUGUAUGUAGCCAGAGAGAAGAGGCCAAAGCAACCCCAUCACUAUAAAGCUGGAGCUAUGAACGUUUUGACAAGGGUCUUGGGUGUGAUGAUGAAUGCGCCGUUCAUGUUGAAUGUCGACUGCGACAUGUUUGUGAACAAUCCAAACGCUAUCCUUCAUCCAAUGUGCUUCUUUCUGGGCCAUCAUAAAGAAAUAGAAAGUGGGUUCGUGCAAUUUCCACAGGUAUUCUACGGCGGCCUUAAAGACGACCCAUUUGGAAAUCAAAUGAUCGUUUCACAAGAACAAGUAAUGCGCGGGAUAGCAGGAAUUCAAGGGCCCUUGUAUGGAGGGACAGGAUGCUUCCACAGAAGAAAAGUUAUAUAUGGGCAGCCGCCGGACUGUAAAUCACACGAAAAUGCAUUAGAUAAAGGAUUUGGUCACUCAACCAAAUUCUCAGAAUCAGUUGCUAGAAUAAUGUCCAGAAAAUAUGAAGAAUCAUCUAGUCCGUCCGAUUUUUCGGCCACUCUUGAGGCAGCCAUGGAGGUUGCAGAUUGUCGAUAUGAGUUCAACACUUGCUGGGGUAAAGAGGUGGGUUGGGUGUACGGAUCCAUGACCGAGGACGUCCUCACAGGGCUGAAGAUCCACUCUAUGGGCUGGGGUUCGGUCUAUUGUUCGCCGCAGCCACCAGCAUUUCUUGGGUGCGCACCAGUGGGUGGACCCGCUACCGUAUCACAAAUGAAAAGGUGGGUCACCGGCCUUCUUGAAAUCCUUGUCGACGAACAUAGUCCCUUGCUAGCCACCCUCUCCAAAAACCUCAGCUUCCGACAGGCCCUGGCGUAUGUUAUGCUCAACGUGUGGGCCCUGCGCUCCAUUCCGGAACUGUGCUACGCUGCGCUGCCGGCCUUUUGUCUCCUUACCAAUACGUCCUUCUUACCCAAGGCAACGGAUCCCUGGAUGAUAGUUGCUGCUGCCCUUUUCAUCUUGCCCAACCUCCAGUGUCUGAUGGAAUACCUUCAAUGCCGGCAACCCAUCCGCGCAUGGUGGAACAAUCAGAGAAUGAUGAAGAUAAUGUCGGCGACUGCAUUUUUGUUCGGAGUCUUGGGUGUCAUACUGAAGCUUCUCGGCUUAUCAGAGACGAUCUUCGAAGUUACACAUAAAGAUCAAAGUCUCAUGGAUAGUGGCACUGAUGUGAAUGCUGGACGAUUCACCUUCGACUCCUCACCGAUCUUCGUUCCAGCAACGGCCAUUGUGUUAGUGCAUAUGAUUGCACUUGUGGUGCGCCUGUUAGGGGUAUGGCUACCUAUCUUUGGUGGGUCACCGGGGCCGGGAGAGAUGGUGUGUAGUACAUGGGUGGUGUUGAGCUUCUUUCCCUUUGUGAAAGGGCUCUUUAGGAAAGGAAGUUAUGGAAUACCCUGGCCCACCGUAUGUAAAGCUGCAGCAUUGGCUUUCCUUUUCUUGAACUUCUGUGCUAGAUUUAGAUCCUUGUAGGUAAGGGGUUUCUCUGCUAGUCCUUGUAGAACAAAUGAUUCCCCUACCAUUUACUUUAUCAAUUUAGCUAUACAUAUAUGUGCACCCCACGAUAAUGACAGUAUGCUCUAAAAAUCAAGUCUAUUCAAUCAACACCAUAAAAAAUAAUCCACGUGAUGGGUGGAUCGGCAUGAUUUGGGGUAUUCAAGUUUCACAUGGGGGUGAACCUCCUGAACAGGUUAGAUGUCAUACAAACACCAUGGAGGGCCCAUGCAUUCAUCCUAGAAUAAGGUUGUUGCACAAGGACUGGUAAAGUGCCGACCUCUGUACAUAUGUUUAUUUACAAAAGUGGCUUUUC